AUGGCAACCGAGGAAACAACGCGGCGUUUUCGUGCGUUGCACUGGGUGUUCAAGGAUCCCGACCGGCGAAAGACCUAUGAAUUCUAUCGGACAGUGCUGGGGAUGAAGGUCCUUCGGCACGAGGAGUUCGACAGUGAGUGCAAAGCUUCGUGUAACGGACCCUACGACAACCGCUGGUCCAAGACCAUGUACGGUUUCGGACCUGAAAGCGAGUAUUUUGCGUGUGAGUUAACCUACAACUACCCUAUCAAGAAGUAUGCGUUAGGAAACGACCUGCGCUUCGUCGAGCUUGCCUCCACCACCAUACAGGAACGCGUUCGGAACUCAGGUUGGCCUUUCGAAGAGAUCCAGACUGGCUCUGUGCUCGAGUUGCGUGCACCCGGUGGUUACGUUUUUCGCUGUUGCGGUGACGAUGCGCUCACCGAAGCGGGAAAACCACCUAGCAAGCGGCUCCGAACGGAUAUAAAGCAGGACGGGAAGAGCGUUUCCGCUGCACAAAACGCAGAACAGCGCGUCACGGAACCUGAUCCCUUUCGGAAGAUUUCACUUCACGUGACUGAUAUUGAGCGAUCCAUCUCGUUCUACCGGGAUGAACUGGGAAUGCAGCUCGAGGGCAGGUCCAGCGACCCGGAGGAUUGCGUUCGUUUGCGAUACCCGGGCGACGCUUUCGUGGUCGAGCUCGUGGCGCUUCCAGCGGGUACCGCGCUGGACCACGGAGAGGCAUACGGAAGAAUCGCAUUUUCCAUCUCCGGAUCGCCUCUGGAUAUCGAAAAAAAGAUCAACGAGAAUCCCAAAACGCUCGGUCGCGUACAAACUCCCCUGGUUGCACUGGACACGCCAGCCAAGGCAACGGUUGAAGUGGUGAUCCUUCAGGACCCAGACGGGUACGAGAUAUGUUUCGUUGGUGAGAGCGCGUUCAACGAACUCUGCGUACCAGAUCCGGAUGCAGAAGCAUGCCUCCAGGAAGCGAUGGAUGCAGACCGUUCUGACGAGGUUCCAUUAUGGCGAGCGGCGCCAGAAGCGACCGACAAGGACUCGAAAGCUGCAGAGGAGACGCACGCCGUCGACGCCAACGAGCCUGCUGCAGCAACAGAAGACCGAAAGUCUUCGAAAAAGCACUUGGAGAACGAUACACAGAACGACGCUCCAGGCAGUACCGCUGAGCCAUCCGCCACCUAA